AUGCAUAAACUAUAUCUAAUAUUGAUAUCUUCCAUACUCUUCCAACUUCUGCUUAUCGCAGAUAGAUGCCAAGGCGCAGCCUUCCUUUCUAAGUGGCUGCUAAGCACAGUUGGACAUCGACGACAAAAUCCUGGAUCCCUCUGGCGAUGCCCAGCCCUUCCUCGCGAUAUGACUUACUGUUCCCACGCGGCUGCCUCCUCGGAUUCAGUUCAGGAGGCGAAUAUUUGGAUUGCUCUUCUCAGCUCCAGAUGCCAUCCCCAGACAAUGAAGUUUGUCUGUACUGUUUACAAUCCCGUGUGCUUGCACUCCCACCAAGUUAUGCCCAUUCUGCCCUGCCGCGAAUUCUGCUACGAGGUGCGAAAUUCCUGUAUUUCGAGAAUGCACCUCUUUGGAUUUAAGUGGCCUCAACAGGUCGAUUGUGACCGCUUCCCUAGCGAAGAAACCAGUAUGUGCAUCAGCUCUAAACGUGAAUCCGUUACCUGCACUCCGUGUUCUCAGGAACCAACGCGAGAGAAAAUUAUUAAGCAAUAUUGCAAGGCAGAUGUCGUCGUAAAAAGCCAGAUAUCCGGAGUGACGACAUACGGAAAUGCUUCCAGCCUUCUGGUCAGCUUAGAUCGAAUAUCUGAGCAGCUUUUACCGCAACCACCGUUUCCUACACCAGGGAAUCAAAUCAAGCUCAACAAUGACUUCAUCCCUUCUCCCGGUUUUGUGGAUACCAAUGAUGAUCGCUUGCUCUUGAUGAGUCAGGCCAGACGUUUGGAUCGUGAUUUCGAUCUCAAAAAACUGCCUCUUAGUGAGAUCAUACCUCAGGCGGAUCAACCAACGGACUCGGCUGCUGCAAUCAAACCACAUCAGCUCGGGGUUACAUCGGAAGCAUCCAAGACUGAGAGAAGGCAAGCCACACUAAACACUAGAUAUUUGACUGUAUUCCAAAACCAAUGUCUGAAAGUGAAUUUUGGGCGAUCCUCAUACACCCCGGUCGUUUCAUUUGAACUAGAAGGCUCCUUGAAACAAAGCUUGCUCUUGGAAUGUGCUGGGUGUGCUUUACAACUUCCAACCUCACCUAUGGCUCCAAAUUCUGCCGCUCGUUGGUUGGUUAUGGCCAAGAAGUUGAAUAGAACAGGGUCAAAUCUCACCUAUCCCGUUCCUUCAUUACAGCAUCUCUUGAGACAAAAUUCAAGUAUUUAUUACAUUCAAGAUAGACAUGAAAAUCUGCAACGAUUUAUCGGUUCGUGUGAGAUCAUCCCAUAA